GCUACAAAGAGGAACCAACAAUUCUUAAACCACUACAUCACCACAUCACAUUUGUUUUCCGCCAGUUUCAUGAUUUUGGACCACGAGCCUCUGGUUCCCUCCACAUUAUUGGUUUUGCUGAAAACUCGAAGACAUCAGUUGCUCUUCUUGCUGUUAAAAUAUUUAUAAGAAAGAAAACGAGAAAAACUGAUGGACUCAACAACAAAGAAUGAAAAAAGAUGCAAGUCACUAUAAGGAAGUAACACUUUAAUAACGGGAAGUAGAUGCCGCAUCUCUCUUCAAGACGCACAAGUUCAGAGACAGUUGAGGGCGUGAGAACAAGAGAGAGAGAAGCAAGAUGGUUCGAUUCAGAUGGAUUAACGUGUCUUUAUUUGUGAUACUCGUGCUUCAGUUUACAGCAGCAACUGGGCAGAACCUCUCCUUCACUGUCAGAGUUGGAGAUGAAGUCACUUUGCAUUGUGGAAAUGUGAUACAAAAUCAGGAUAAUUGUGACGGUACUUCCUGGUUGGUCAGUCGUGAUAUUGGGGCAGCAGCAACAGAGCUGAUUACACAUGGGAAAAAUGGGAUUUCCAAAUCUAAAUCUGACAGACUGAGUGUUACAGAGAACUGUUUUCUGGUUAUAAAGAAGGUCACAUUCGAGGAUGUUGGUCGUUACACCUGCAGACAGUUCAAGAAAUCAGGACAACAACAAGGUCCAGACUCUCUGGUUCUUCUGUCUGUUAUUAACAUUGAACAAUAUCAGAACAAUGAUACAGUCGGCUUCAUCUGCUCUAUGUUGACAUAUGGAAGGUGUGGACACACAGUCGAGUGGUUGUAUGAGGGUAAUAAGAACAACAUGUUGACAUCACAGGGUUCCUGUUCAGCCACUGUGGUUUUUACAACUCCUCCUCUUAGCCAGAAGUCAAACUAUUGUGAGUUACUGAAGUGUAAAGUGACAGAUAAUAAGAGUGGCCAGAUGCUGCUGUGUAGCGUUGACCUCCAGUCCUCAUGUGAGAAAACAGGAAGCACAUUAGAGGGGAAAAACAAAACACCAUCUGGAAAUGAUGAAACAAAACAAGGUAGUGACUAA